GCGCGCGCACGCACCGUUCAGCUGAUCCACGGUCGAGGAGUGAAAGUGUUCCGCAUAUCUGUCGAGCCGUGAAGACUGGUGAAGACUGCGGGGCUUGAUCCGUGUCAGUGCGUGAGCACGAUGCGUCGGAUCCGAGAUGGUGACGUUCGGCCGAAUCGAAAGUUCCUAAUGCAACUUUAGCAGCCUGUUUCUUGAGAUUCGCUCAUGGAAGAUAGAUUUAGAUUAGACGGGGUUUUCAGCAGUUGUGGCUCUAAUAUAUGCAUUUGAAAUUUCUUGCCAAGUGGAUGUAGAAUGAUGAUACAGCAUCUGAUGAACACAUACUUCGAUAUGUCCCAUUGUUGAUAUCUAUCAUAGAAGAAUUAUUUCUUUAACAAUUCUGCCUUUAAAUAUGGAUGUUGGGAAUUUUUUUUCACAUGUAUAUAAUGCAAUGUUAUUCAUGCAAUAAUCUGGAUCACGUUUAUAUUUCAUAUUUGUUGUGGGAUAGACUGCAUCCUCAACAAUAGUAAAUCUAAUAUGGAGAGUUUGCAACUGGUUCUGGUGGCUAUCUUUACAUUUAUCUGCGGUGUAAUAUGUACCCUUGCAUUGCAAUUUUACCUAUUCAAGAGAUAUUUGGAAUUGGGCCCUCAGGCCGAUCCACCACAAAAACAGUUACAGCAUGGCAAAGCGCAAUUACCUAAAGAGCUGAUGGAACAGAUGAAGGAGCAACAUGCAAACUCUAAUAAUAGUAUGACUCGACAAGCAAUGUCCCAAGGCAACGAGAAUCUGGCCAUAAACCUCACGCUACAGUUCCUCUUUAACGAGCUGCGGAACGCUGAGCGAGUACGUCUGUGGCUUUAUAGGAAAUUAAAUAACGAGUUCAAGGAGCUCCUGACACAGUCGACCACCGCCAAACUGUUAGACAGUGUGAAAUUGAGAGACUUGAACCUCGGUACUCAAUUUCCUACGAUAAAGGGCUUGGAAGUCGCCGAUUCAAAGAUCGAUGCUGAUACGGGUUUACUGGAGUCUCUAGACUUGGCCUUAGAUUUACAUUAUUCAGGAAAUUUUCAAUUAUCUAUAGAUGUUAAGAUGCUGCUCGGCAAAACAGCCUAUAUGGCAUUGCAAGUGAAACGUGUCAGUGGUAAGGCUAGGCUACAGUUUACUCGUGUACCAUACACGCACUGGUCGUUGAGUUUUUAUUCGGAUCCUGUUUUGGAGCUGGAAGUACAGUCGCAAUUCCAAGGUCGUCAGUUACAACCGCAGAUAAUUUCGAUCAUCACUGGUCAGAUCAGGAGAGCGGUGAAGCGGAAGCAUACUUUACCUCGUUAUAAGAUGCGUUACAAACCAUUUUUCCGAAGAUUGAAUGACGAAGCUGUAGAUCUCUCCGAGGUCGCCAAUACUCAGCUCACUCCAGGAUACUUGGAGGUCGUAUUACUGGAGAUUAGCAGAUUAAAUCUUGCACCUAUCGUCUUCAGCAAUGGCGAGGACAUAUCGCAAGUAGAAGUGUACUGCACCAUGAGCAUGGAUUCUACGCCAUGGAUUUAUUUAACGCAGUAUAACGGUGUUCCAUACAUAGUGCUAGAUUUAAUCAUUAGUAAGACGGGCUCUCAGCAACUAGGUGUGGUGUUUAAGCAAGAGAUAGUGCCCGAAGUCGGUCAGAUGUGUGUGCUGGUGGAGACCAUAAUAUCUGGCAGUCCGGCAGCGAUCGCCGAGAUGAAAAAAGGCGAUAUUUUGAUAGCAGUGGACGGCAAGAGGGUGUCGAAUAUGAACCAAGUAGCGAAAUUUGUCAAAUCCGCUGUACAGCGGCGUUUCAUCAUCAGAGUGGAGAGGCGAUACUCGAAAGCAGAUUUAAAUGAAAAAGGACAAAAAACGGAUAAUGAGAAGAUGCUUUUUACAGAACGGAAAGCAUCGAAAAACGAUUCCGUAAGCAGGAUGGACAGUCCAAAUGCGGAAGAUGCCGGAAAGAUGAAGUUUGAGGCACAGAUUAAGUUUUCUGAUCUACGAGAUUCCGACACUGAUAUCACAGAUACCCGGUCGGAAACCGGUAAACUAUUCAAGAGAAGAAAGAGCAGCAUUCAAACAGAGGAAGUUGCCCAGACGCCCGACACUACGCCGUCUCGACGGAUUUCCACGAUCUCCACGUCCUCGGCGUCAUCCAGCAAUGUUCAGUUCUAUCUUCCGGACGAUAGUAGCGCGAUCAACAUUGCCGAUUUAUGCCAUAAUACGAAGGAAAAGCCGUACGCUUCCCUAAUUACCUUUGAAGAGACCAAAAGCUUUCGGAUCGAUUCCGAAUUGCAAUAUUUGAAUGUGGGUGUGUGGGGUCGUGUGAAAGGAGGCGAUACACCACCGAGAUUGCUGGGUUACAUAAACGCGCCUGUGAAAUUGAUCUUGGCGCAAUGUUGCACUUCCACAACUGGGCAUUACCUAAAAUGUCAUGCUUUGUUGCCUCCAGAAAGUACUUCUUUAGCGACGUCCUACAUAAAACUGCAGGGUUAUUCGGGAUUCGAUCCGACGCUCUGUUAUGGCGACAUUCUGCUAUCAUAUGUAUGGGAGUCCUGUCAGCCAAGCGAGCAUACGACCAGUGAUUUCGGAAAGAAGGAGAACACAGAAACUGCCAACAUUCAACCGAUUUCAAAUGAGGAAAUCGCCGACAGAAAAAUGCAUGAUUUUAUUAGGACGCACUUUCAUAGGGCCACACAUUGCGAUUUUUGUACGAAAAAAAUUUGGUUAAAAGACGCGGUGCAGUGUCGAGAUUGUGGCUUGGUGUGUCAUAAAAAAUGCGAAGCGCGUUGUCAGGCAUCCGGCACAUGCGGCGCGGAGAGUCUUGCAACCCUAGCAUUGGAAGCCGAUGAGGUCGAGACAAACGUCGGGGAUAUCUCUAGCCCGGAGAUUUCUCUGACUGGAUGCGAAGAUAACGUACAGGGCGCAAGUAUGAUGGCCAUGAAGGCUAGUAUAGCUAACACUCUAUUGGGCCUGAAGAAGGCUGGAAGUACCAGUUGCUUGGCCCCACCGGCUUCCGGUGUUAAUCUGGCAUCUCGAAGUCUCCCCCCAAGUCCCUGUGCAUCCCGCAAGAGUUCAUUGGCUGGAGGUUUGGGAAUAAGUCCUGACCUCUUGGAGGGUGCUGAGCCAAGUGUUGCAGCUCCACUUAUGGCCGGCGAUCUGGAUGAUGGUCUUAUGUCAAGGGCCAGGGACACCGGAAAGUUCUUGUACAAGUACUUGAAGCCACAGGAGCGCGUUGAAAAAAUCAACAUCAUGAUGGGCAAAUUAAAGAACGCACUGGAUGCCGAAACUACCUCAAGAUUGGAGCUAUCUCAGAACGGAGACGCAGACAGUAUGAAACUAAUCGCACAGAGCGACUUACGAGUACAGGCACUAAGCGUGCUGCUUCUGCAUUACUGCGCCGGCCUGCAACACGCGCAAGAGGCGGUGGACCGACCGCAAGCUAGCAAGGAUUCUUAACAGGAAUGCGUCCGAUAAAUACGGCUUUAAGAUAAUAUCGUAUUUUUUCCCUUCCCUUCUUUUCUCAUAAAAAUGAAUAUGGAAAAUGUAGCGAUAUUUGAUAAUGGCAUAAUAAUGAUUUGUUUUCGCCAUUUAUUUCAUAAUGAGCAACGAUUAGAUAACACUAAUGCAACGUUGCAUCAAUUUUAUGAUGUCGACGUUUUUUUUAAUAUUAACUUAAUAUUGAUUAAUUAUAAUAUUACAAUCAUACUGUUGUUACCAGGUUGUAUAAAGUGCACAGAGAUAUUUAUAUUAUUAUGCACACUGACAAAUAGGGAGCAAAUAUCUAACUAUUUAUAGGCAUUCCAUCGGUGGAAAUAUCGGAAUUACAAUUAUAUCUCAUAUGUGUUACUUCUCUUCAUUUCUACUAUUUACUUGUAUAAUAGUUUAGAACACAUUUACUUACAUAGUAUUAUUACAACGUUACAUAACGAUACAUUUUCCAAAAUUUAACGUUAAUGUAACAUUACAUAAACAUACAUAUUAUACUGGUACAGAGACAGAAUAUGUGUGUAUGUGUUUGAAUACACAUAUAGCUAUCCAAAACUUAUUCUACAUUAGUCAAUUGAUUGAAUUUCAACACUAUUGGCAUGAAUGCCGCGAUAAGAAGACAGAGAUGAUGAAAUACAAUUAUUAUUUUAUUCAUUCUAAUAAUAGUAAUUACUUAACAAA